AUGGUUCUCGCCAUGCUGGGGGCUCUGCACCCCAGGGCCGGCCUGAGCCUCUUCGUCCUGUACCUCGUCCUGGCAGCCGCGCUCCUCCGCCCCCAGCCACUGAGGCCUCAGCGAGCCGUUCCUGAGGAAUUUUCGGCCCCCCUGGAACUCUCGGCGCCGCUCUCCGGCCUGGUGGAUGACUACGGGGUCCGACCGAAACACCCGUGGCCUCGGGGGCCCCGACCCCUGCUCUCCCGGGCCCAGCAGCGCAAGCGAGACGGGCCCGACAUGGCCGAGUACUACUAUGACUCACGCCUGUGA